AUGAUUCAUCCGAAGGCAAUCAGCCUAAUGGAUACUGAUAGGGGGAAUGGGAUUGUGACCGCAAAAGAACUGAUCAUGUUUCAUAACCGCAGUAUUCUCCAGCGUCAAAUUGGUACGCCUGCCUCCGAACUGUUCUUCAAUGUUACAAUCAAUGGAUCAGGGCGUGAUUUGGUCUUUCAAAUGUUCGUUUCGGAAACAUCAACUGGAAUAUGUUUGAUCGAAGAUGAGCAACAUAUCAUGGAAGCCGAGGUGGACAUUCUUAAGGCCUUGCAUCUGGUCAAGAAAGCUUGGGCGUCUCUUCAGCCGCACAUAAUGAUCAACCUUUUCAUGAAAGCUGGGUUCCAAUCCACAUUGAUUCAACCGUAUAUGGUGCCACCAGAGGAUAAAUGCGAUUUGAUUGAGUAA